ACUCAGCAUAACACUUGACAUUUAACCAUACAUUCAACAGUGUACCAAUCUCAACAACGCAACAUCGUCGAAAACAGCACGAACAGACAUGGCAUGAUGGCUUACAAUUCCAGAUCUAGAUUGUCUAGAAAGGAGGAUUCCCUUGAGCUAGUUCCUUUACAAAAGAAGGUGAGCGUUGUCGUAUGUAGUUGUAGCCAUUCCAACAACGUAGAGGGUCUUAUCCAACUCAUCAGACAACACAUGAAUGAUGUGGUGGAAACUGUGAGAUAUGAGUUCCUUCCUUACAACAUCAGAGACAUGAACAAGUUUGAUCUGAGUGGGAUAGAUGUUCUGCUUCUCUGUCAUUCCAUAGAAAACAGAAGAUUCUCAAUAACCAAUGUCACAGAUGCUCUCUAUGAUGGCUUCCUACCGCGUGCAAGAAAACAUCUCGGUCAGAGUAAAGUUGGAGUUAUCGCACAUGACUUUCCAGAAGGUGACAUUUCAUCAGAGAAACUAUCUUCCAAGAUGGAUUCCUUUCGCCACACCCAGAGUACAACCUUUGAGAGCGCAUCACUUGUUCUUAUUGGUGGUAAGCUAAUCAAUGAUGAGGUACAACUGAACGAUGAACAACUUGAAGAACUUCAGGAGUUCUUUAGCAACGCUUCAUCUCCACCGGCUCAAGAAGUACUAAAAGUCUGGUUACACAAAGCCUUCCAUUUUUUUACGUGUAAUCUUCUUGUAAACGUGUAAUUUUGUUACGUGAAAUUGUGUUACGUGUAAUUUUUUGGACUGUAUUUAAACAUUAAUGGUCGCAUUCUUGUGAAGAACAUGUAAAUUCAAAAACAUACAUUUCGCAUUGACGUGCUAUUGAAUGGCUUAUCAAAUGAUCUUUAAUUUCAUUCUUUUGACUAGAUCUAAAUAUCAAAGGCCGUAUUUGUUUGUAAAGAGCAUGACGAGUAAUGAUAUUUUAGCAUUGACGGCAGUAUUUAUUGAAAAAAGUGUAAGAUUCAAUGGAAUGCAAAUGAUUCUAAAUGAACUCAAAUCAUACAUGCAUAUGGGCACUACUAUCUGAUGCACUGUAAAAAAGAAUUUGUUCAU